GGUGUUCCAAUUGUUGUUGCUUGCCUUGUGGGGUAAGAGCUUCCUUCCCUGCAACCUAUCAUCUCCUCCGUGACGAAACCCAAAUCUAGCCAUCCUCGACUCGAUAAUAAUCCAUAAACAAUGCACAAAUUAUUAGCUCCAAGGUGCAUUACAAUAUUCAAGCACACACAUCAGCAGCUGGCUCAGAUAGAUAAUAAUCUCCCCUCCAUGAUCCUCGGAGCUCCCACCGCCCAUCACGUCGUCCUUCACCACCUUGCCGUCCGGCCUCCGGGUCCGGGCCACCGCGGCAGGAGGCUCCUCUCUGCGGCGGCCCACGCCGCCGCGCGGCGGGACGAUGCCACCGCCGCCGGCGCAGAGCCGGCGGAGGGCUCGUCGCCAGCGGUGGGGUCGGAGAGUAGCCUGGGGUUGACGGCGCCGAAGGACGACACGAAGGCGGCGGUGCCGGCGGGGUUGCUCCCGUUGUGCAAGGACUACAGCCACACGCUGUUCCGGUCGGAGUGCCUGGAGGUGCUGGGCCUGGUGGACCUCGAGUCGCUGCGGAGGCGGCCGCGGCUCACCGUGGGGGUGACGGUCAAGGCCUCGGUGGUGCUCCCGGUGCUGGUGGUCCUCGCCGUCCUGUACCUCACGGACAUGGCCAAGGAGGUCGUCGACUGGACGCACCACCUGGAGGGCGAGGACGUGGGGGACUAGCUAGCAGGGGGACACGAUGUGAUUGUCGCUGUCGCACACAAUGAAGAGCUUCAGUCAGCUCCGAUCCGCAGAUACUAUUUGUUUCUCAUUUCUGUUCUUUCCAUUUCUUUUAGAACUGUACAUAAUUAAGCAGAUUUUACUGUUAUGUUUAUAAAAUGUAAAUUUGCUUUAUACUAGGACUCCCUUUGAUUGUGAAUAUAGUGCUACACGGUGAUCUGCAUACGGACAGGCUUCUUUAAUAUAAUGUGCAACUUUUGACCAUAA